GUCCAGGGACUGACCUGGCUGGCAGCCUCUGCCAGACCUGGGCAAAUGGGCAACUGGCUGAGGCUCCUCCUUCCCGGGACAGGUGGGGUUGGCCUCAGGGAAAGGGCUGGUCUUUACUCCCCAGGUUGGUCUGGCUCUGAGCCUGAGGUCUGAGCUGUGCUUAACUUCUGCCUGGCUGACCUCCCCCCCCAUCCCUGGCCUCUGCCUCCAGGCGCCUGGCUUGCGGGUCCUCGCAGGAGCCAUGGACCCCCGAGAUUUCUGGGGAAAGAGUGCCAAGCUCUGGCUGUGCCCCAUUCUGCUCUUUGUUGCCUGUCUUGGCUUCUACAGCAAUGUUUUCAGCCUGACUCCCAGGUGGCAGAGCAAAGAGUCUCAAAGCCCCGAGGCCCAGCAGCUGCAGGAGAGCUCUCUCCAACCAGAGAGCCUGCCCUGGAGUGAAGGUGACUGCCACCUGGACACCCGCAGGAUACCCGAAGUACCCAGGUUGAUUUACCCCAAGGCCCAGGUCCUCAAGCCCACGAGAGUGGACGUGCUGGUCAUGACUCCCUGGUUUGCUCCCGUCAUCUGGGAUGGGACCUUUGAUUCUGCUAUCCUGGAUGCACAGUUCAGAAACACCACCAUUGGCCUAACCGUAUUUGCCAUCAAAAAAUACGUGGUCUUCCUGAAGCUGUUCCUGGAGACGGCGGAGAAAUACUUCAUGGUGGGACACAGGGUCAACUACUACAUCUUCACCGACCGGCCGGCUGAUGUGCCCCAGGUCCCCCUCCGGGAAGGGAGGCAGGUGGUGGUGCUCGAGGUCCGGAACUACAGUCGCUGGCAGGACAUAUCCAUGCACCGAAUGGAGAUGAUCGGCAACUUCUCCCAGCAGCGCUUCCUCCACGAGGUGGACUACCUCGUGUGCGUGGACGUGGACAUGAAGUUCAGCGACCACGUGGGCGUGGAGAUCCUGGCCCCCCUCUUCGGAACCCUGCACCCCGGUUUCUAUGCAGCUCCGCGCCAGUCUUUCACCUACGAACGCCGGCCCCUGUCUCAGGCUUACAUUCCGAGAGAUGAGGGCGACUUUUACUAUGCAGGAGGCUUUUUUGGGGGGUCGGUCCCUGAGGUGCAGCGGCUCACCACCGCGUGUCACCAGGCCAUGGUGGCUGACAAGGCCAAGGGCAUCGAGGCUGUGUGGCAUGAUGAGAGCCACCUGAACAGGUACCUGCUGUACCACAAGCCCAGCAAGGUGCUGUCCCCGGAGUACCUAUGGGAUGAGCAUAUGCUGCAGAGACCCCCCUUCCUCAGGAAACUGCGCUACGUGGCGGUGCCCAAGAAUCACGCAGAGAUUCGGAACCGAUGAGUGCCGGGGUCCAGCCCCAGCAGCCAGGAGACGACGAACAGGAGGAGGGGCUACAAACAGGCGUGGAAAGAAUUGGAGCCAACGCCCUCAGCAAGUGCUGCAGAUGCCCCAAGUUAUUAAAUGAAAAGCAUCAGUUUUUAUACCCUA